AAAAAACUUCACAGACAUGGUGUGUACAAGAGUGUGUAUAAGAGUGCAUUUUUUCAUGUAUCUCCUGCUGGGGCUGCGGGGGCUGCGGGGAUACUGCAUUUAUCUUACUUUUACGUAGUAUAUAGAUAGACAGAGAUAAUUUAACUGACUCUAAAAUCCGGCCAUAUCUGGAGUCUUUACAAUCUGGAAGUCCAAAUCUUGGCAUUGUUCCAACCGGUACUCCUUAUAUUCAUAUUAAUUUAUGGUAUAUAUGUCUACUGAAUUUGUUUAGCCUUUCAACAAGCCUCCUAUAUUUGUUCUCAGUCGUCACAAAUCCAACUUGCACAACCUGUUUGCUUUCAUUAGACAAUGCACGGAAACUGUUUGAUAGAAUGUGUAGCCGGAUAUAUAUUUUCCCCUGAUUAUGUGAAUUCGUUUGUGCAUUAAUUUUCCCAGUCUGUCUGUCAAUUUUUCAUUUUACAACGUGAAACUGUGAAUCGAACCCAAUGAAGUUCAAGGCGUAUCUCACAGACAAUGGCGUGAACCUGCUUGAGAAGAGGUUCCUACCUGCACUUGAAAAGAUGGGGAAAAUCUGCCAUCUCUAUCUAACCAGAGACCAUGCUUUCUUCCUGCAUAACCUCCUUAACAGUGACGGCAUCCAUUCCAUUGCCCAGUUUCGCAAAGACGCCCUCUUCGAAGAUUAUAUGAUCUCCAGCCUGAAUGAUGACCGGAUUGCCUUCACCAUCGACCUCUCCCUCCUCCAGCGUGCUCUUCGCAGUAUCAUCAGUAUCUACACAAAGUUCUCUGGAAAUGCCGUUAAUGUCCCUAACCGCAUUCAAAUCAAGCUGGUCAAGAAGCUUCCUCCACAUUCUCUACAGCCGAUGCCCUUCCUAACUUUUGAAACCAAAGGCUAUAAGUCAGCUGUUAUUCAAGACGUUCCGAUCUCCAAACCUUUGUCGCGAGGUGAUGUGGGUGAACUUCAAGCAGCCCUAGAUGGAGCUCAAGAUCUGCCGCCUACUCUGGUCGAAGUUCCGGAUAUGAACCAAUUGCAGAACUUUGUGGAUAGGAUGAAGCACGUCGGGGAUGUGAUUAAUGUGUACAUUAGCAAAUAUGGUGAUCUUCAUUUGCAAAUUUCUACACCUUUGAUAACCCUAGGUGCUGAGUUUAGGAAGCUGUUGGUUAUCGGUGAACAGGCGACGGUCCCAUCGUGGGACCAGGAUCUGACGGCUCAAUCUCGCGCGAGAAUGGCGGUUCAGAAGGGGGACGCGAUGACAGUGCAUGUUAGCGUGAAGCAUUUCUUUAAGUCUCUUCAGUGUCAUUUGGCUAAACCUGAUUGUGCUUUCUAUGGGAUUUCUCAUCAAGGUGCUUGCUUGACCUUGAUAUUUCAGUUCUUUAUCCCGGGGUCUCGACAAACGGAUAAGUCUAUUAGUCUCCAUUGCCGAAUCCCCGUGCUUGACCCUGGUUCCAGCUAAAUCUAUCAGAGGUGUUUUUAAGUCUUCCUGCAAAUUAGUGAUUUCCUCUGGAUUUGUGUGAAGGCUGAAGUGGUUCAUAUUCUACUUAGAGUGCCGUAUGGUUUUCUAGAAGGGAUGUACCAGUAGAUUAAUAUUCUGUAUUUUCUCAUCUCUCCAUUAUAUGGGACUACUGUGUAUGGUGAACCAACUGCAUUUUGGUCAAUUGAAAUGAGAAUAGCACCUGUUUAAGAGU